UGGCGCCAACUCACUCAGAUGUAGACAUUGCUGGCUGGAUGGCCAGUCUGCCCCAGCUAGCUUGAGCCCAAGGGUCCCUUGGACACCGUGCUCCUGCUGUGGGGCUGCAGCCCGGUGUCCCAGGGGAGUGAUAUGUCACACAGGGAAGUCCGAGGGCCACCAGCGAUGCCAAGAGUGGAGCAUGGCCGGGCUAAGGUCAAAACACGGCUGCUGCCAGGCACCGACAGGAAGAGGCGCCACCUCAGCAGGACAAGGCAAGAUCUGUGGGAAGAGACCAGCUGGAGUGACCAAAGGUGGAGCAGACCUGUCCCUAGCCCUAGAGGGGCAAGGGCUCGGGGCCCAGCUUACAGCAGGAGUGAGGCCAGUCCUGAGAACGCAGCGCGGGAGCGCAGCCGUGUGAGGACCCUGCGCCAGGCCUUCCUAGCCCUGCAAGCCACCUUGCCUGCUGUGCCGCCUGACACCAAGCUCUCUAAGCUGGAUGUGCUGGUGCUGGCCACCAGCUACAUAGCCCACCUUACCCGCACACUGGGCCAUGAGUUGCCCAGUCCUGCCUGGCCACCCUUUCUGCGUGGGCUCCGCUACCUGCACCCUCUCAAGAAGUGGCCCAUGCGAUCUCGUCUCUAUGCUGGAGGCCUGGGAUGCUCUGGCCUGGACUCCACCACAGCCAUCGCCUCCAGCCAAAAAUCAAAGGAAGCAGAGGUGGGGCCCCAAGACUCUGGAGAGGCAGAUGUUCUCCUUCUUACCAAGCCACUCUCACCAGCUCUUGGUGACAAAUGACCAUUACGCUCAUCCCAUUCUCCUAUUCUGACUAUUGAUUAGGGACCUGGAUUUGGUACCAGCCCUUACCUGUGUUCCCUUACCUGACUCUCAGCCAGUGGAUUCGACUUAGGCUCAGCUGCCAAGUUCCAUCAGGCAGACGGAGAAAGCAGUGGGCUCGUUAGUGGUAAAGAGUUCCAGGGAGCACAGGACAGAGAUCCUCACCCUUGGCACCAGUUGGGGACUUCCCAGUGACUCUUCUGUGACAGCAACAGAGAAGUAGGAAAGGACAGGGUUAGACUGCCUUUGAAUUCAGGUUAUGGCAUCUCCCUUCUCUUGUCUCCCCUGAGGCUCCUACAAAAACUCUGCACUGAGGGAAGAGACAGAAAUAACCACAAAGGUGCAGAGGGAGGGGCCCAAAUGGUAGCGGCCUCAGGUGCUUCUGGGAAAGCUAAGGGGCCUUCAGCUCCUGGCAGCUGUGUGAACAGGUCUGAGGCAGGGUUCUGCAGCCUGCGAGGAAACUGAAGAAGGGGACAUGCACACUGUUCUACAGCACCAUGAAGGCUUCCCCAGCAUGCAAGAGGCUGUAGAGAAUGAAGGGUUGCCGUCUUCCGUAUGGGUCUCUCCAGCUGCUCCUCCUCACUCCAUUUUCCUGCCUCUCUGGUUCCUGUACAUUUCCCAUUUUUGUUGACAUGAGUUAUAUCUACAGGUUAAGCCAUAAAGCUCACAUGCUUACACGUGUCAAUUUCCAGAGACACUUAGGACCAAAUGCCCUAUUUGAAGAGAUCUUGUCCUAGAAGCUGCUCACAGGCAACCAUUUAAGGCUCUACCUAGAGCCAGCAAGAUAGCUCAGCAGACUAAGUGCUUGCUUAGGCAAGGGCAGGAACUGGGGUUCUAUCCCCAGUC